AUGACCGACGCCAAAACUUUAGAUUUUUCAACAUUCCAAAAUGUCAUCAAUAAUCAAUUGACCACGACAUCGGAGACCCGGCAUGGUAUCAACCCUGCCAACACUCAGCCUAAUCCACCCGUGCCUGUCUCCACCCAGGAUGAAUUGGACAAGGCAGUAAAUGCGGGUCAAGAUGCGUUCAAAGGCUGGGCCAAAACCUCUUUUGACGAGCGACGUAAAGCCCUCCAUGCCUGGGCUGACGCCAUUGAGGCUAAUGCUGAUGGAUUUGCACAAACCCUCACAAUGGAGCAAGGGAAGCCACUGAGCCAAUCAUCUGCGGAAGUAGGUAUGGCAACUAUGUGGGUUCGCGGCCUCACCGCUAUUCAGAUUACCGACAACACCAUCGAGGAAACCGAAGAUAGGAAGAUUAUUCAACGCUACACACCCCUGGGUGUGGUGGGCCUCAUUGUCCCCUGGAAUUUCCCUAUCCUGCUCGCCGUUGGCAAGAUAGUCUCUGCUGUAUACACCGGAAAUACCGUUAUUUUGAAGCCAUCCCCUUUCACACCUUAUUGCAACUUGAAGCUCGCCGAACUUGCAAUUAACUUCUUCCCGCCUGGCGUAAUUCAAUGUCUAAGCGGCGAUGAAUCCCUCGGUCCACUGUUCACUGCUCACCCUCGGAUCCAGAAAAUUAGCUUUACUGGAUCAAUUGCCACCGGAAAGCGGGUUAUGGCUGCAUGUGCUACCACUCUCAAGCGAUUUACACUCGAACUGGGUGGCAAUGACCCUGCGAUUAUCUGCGAGGAUGUUGAUAUCGAUGCCAUUAUCCCAAAAAUUGGAAUUCUCUCUUACCUCUGCUCCUCGCAGAUUUGCAUGAUGAUCAAAAGACUUUAUGUCCACGAGAAUAUCUACGAUGAGUUCUUGGACAAGUUAGUCACGUUUGUUAAGACCCUGAAAGUCGGCCAAGGCACUGAGGCGGAUACCUUCUUUGGACCUGUUCAAAAUCAAAUGCAAUUUGAGAAAGCCAAAGACCUGUUCAGCACCAUCGGUACUGAAAACCUGAAAGCUGCGCUUGGUGGCUCCAUCGAGAAUACCUCUGGGUACUUCAUUCACCCGGCCAUUAUCGAUAAUCCCCCGGAAACAUCGCGCGUGGUACAGGAAGAGCCGUUUGCUCCCAUCCUGCCGGUCCUCAAAUGGUCUGAUGAAGACGACGUUCUUGAGCGUGCGAAUGCUUUGGAGACCGGCUUGGGAUCUUCGGUCUGGAGUAAGGAUUUCGAACGGGCAACUCGCAUGGCAGAUCGACUCCAGUCUGGUUGUGUGUGGGUAAACAGCCACUUUGAUGUAGCGCCCAACGUUCCCUUUGGUGGCCAAAAGCAGAGUGGCAUGGGUGUAGAAUGGGGACUGGAUGGUUUGCUUGCGUACUGCAAUUCGCAAACUCAGUGGCUGAAGAAAAGUUUCUAA